AUGACUACCGUGACAUUGCCUGGGUCCUCAACAGCAUCUAGUGUAGGCGAAUCGCAACUAUGUUCGUGCAAACGUGAGCGCCGAAGCAUGAGUAGCGUUAUUAGAUUGUAUCCCUUGACUAAUUACUCUGUACGAAGCAAUGAUUAUGAGGAUCCUCCACGAAUAUUCGACUAUAAGCAAUCUCUGAAACUGCGACAAGAGUAUGAAAAUGAUGGCAUGGUUCGCACAGUGCAAGGUGUUCUACUAGGUCACCAAAAUUCUAUCAUUCACGUAUUGCUCUUAAAAAAUGGAGUUGGUCAGAUGCAGUCGUCGAAGUUACCAGAGGUGACAUUAUACCAUGGCGAAGAUGAAAUUGCUGGAAUGAAACGAUUGAUGGCCGAGGUUUUGGGAUUUGAAGAUGCUGUAGACGCAGUUUGCCAAAUACAACAUAUUGCUGCAAAAUGGUGGCGUCCCAAUUUUGAAGCACCCAUUUAUCCUUAUAUUCCUUCACAUAUCACUAAACCAAAAGAGAUGAUAAGAGUGUUCGUCGUGGAGCUUCCUAAGAAAGCAACAUUCACAAUUGCGAAGAAUAAUACAUUGGUGGCUGCUCCUGUCUUUGAAAUCUACGAUAAUGUAAAUGGCUAUGGACCUAUCAUUGCAAGUCUACCGCAUGUUCUUGGCCGAUUUAAUUAUCUCUACUAUCCUUGAUGUUGGUUUUGACAACAAUUCACCGAUGCCAACAAAAUAUGUAAUUACAAGAAAGGUGAUCAGUUAUUCGGCAAUCAAAGUUUUCUGGUUACAUUUUAUAGUGACCAUUCUAAAUAUCUUGUUUGUAUAUUUUUUCGCGGAAUCAUCCUGUUUUCUUUAAAGUUUCAUUUAUGAGUCUGUACUUUAUUGAUAGUCUCUAAAUUUAUCAGUGCGGAAUGUGUUUUCCAGUAAUAUUCUGUGAUAAUUGUUAUGGGUUAGCCUAAAGAAUAUUGAUUAUGAAAACAUCGAUGUAACCUGUGAUAAUCUGUUUCAUUUUGUGAGAACCAUAUGCA